UGCACUAAUUGCAUCCACAAACAGUCUCCGGAAGGUGGCGGUGUGGCGCCAUCAGUUUUCUUUUACUCUCUAUCGGCUGCGAAGAAGAGCGGAACCGCUGUUGUCAGAGAUGUUGCUGUGGAUACGUGAAGUUUACGACUCUCAAAGUCAGGCUUUUUAGGAUGUCCCCAUCAUUGAUUGGCGUUUAGAGCCACUUUCCACCAUGCUGCAAGCAGAGACCCUCCAACUUCUGUGCCUCACAGCCUCCAGCGGGUUCCCUCUGUUCUCACGAGGCUCCGCAAAGCAGCUUCCCUUUUCCAUCAUCGGCUCCCUCAAUGGCGUCCAUAUGUUCGGCGCCGGUCACGGGGCUCAGUUGGCGAGCUGUGAGACGGAUCGAGGGAGCCGCGUGGUUUGGGGGGUGUUUCAGGAGAGCCUGAUGCUGAUCGCGGUGAGUGGCGGCGGAGGCUCCGCCAUCAGCGAGCUGCAGCUGCGCCGCCUGCUGGAGAACGUGUGGAACUGCAUGGUCCUGGUCCUGGGACGGGACGAGCUGGCAAACAUACGCAAUGUGGAGCAUAAACGAGAGUUGCGCUCUUGUUACCGCCUGAUCGACGUGCUCCUGGAACGCGUUAAUGACGAGCAGGGAUUUAUGGGAGAGCUGACACAGUGCGCCGAUUGUUUGCUCUCCCACUCCGGCUUGCUUCGGGAUGUCUUAGACUCUUCGCUCAAGCAGCGGAGAGCGAAAUUUGGCUGCCUGCUGGUGCACGGCCGCGUGGCACAAGCCACGGAGAAGUGGUGGUCGCGGCUGACGUCCCAGGAAGUUGUUCUGCUCUCAGCCUUGGUGCAGUCGCUUUCUGGAGCGUCUUCGUGCGACUACCCCGUCUUCCUUCCCCAAGGUAGUCCCACCGUCGCUAUUCGCUUGCUCAGUUUCCAGCUACUUCCUGGGGUUCACGUGUGCGUCCUAUGUGGCCCCAAACCCUCUUUGUGCAAAGCAGAGAAUGAGCUCAUCGGUCGUUUUUGGUCCACUUUUGCAGAGAACCUGCGUAGCUGUUUGGAGCAGGCCAAACAUUCUACUCUUCCCCCGUCUGUUAGCCUUCGCUGGGACGUCCAGGCGCUUCUCCUCAUCAACCGCGAAUCUCGCCGCGCCGUCACCGUCUGUCCUCGUGUCCGCGGUGGUGCUCCUUCGGGGGCUACGCCUCUCCUCUCAUCGGGCAGGCGCUUGGAGCUCCUCCGCCUCUUUUAUACGUUUGCCGUCACUCGAUAUUUUACCUGUCAGGAGGCAUCGGUUUCUUCGACUACCUCGGAGGGUUUCUCUCAGGGUUUUACCCACGUCCCUGUGCAGUGUUACCUCGUCACAGACGAGUGUAAAUGUUAUGGCCUGCAGAGUUCCCAACACCAGCUCUUCAUCCUCAUGGAUCUCUCUGUGCCCACGUUUGCACUCCGUACUGUGGCUACACAGACUCUCUCAGCGGUUACUGCUGCAACUGGUUUUUAAGGGCACUAGUUUGGACAUGUAUGGGUCACUGAACCAAACUUACUGGAUUUGCAAAAAUGAACAGCUCAUUAAGGAUAGUUCACAUAAAUCAUUGUUAUCUUAACCUCAUGUCCUUUUUACGAGCUCCUAAAAAUGGUUCAUACAAUGACAGCCAUUGUUCGAAACAACAGUGAAUCACAUUUAGAAAAAAAAUGGCAAGACAUUCUACUUAUCUUCUUUUGAGUUCCACACAUGAAAGAAAGGCAUGCAGAUAUGGAGGACAUGGGGGUUAGUAAAGGAUGACAAGUAAACUAUCCUUUUAAAUAGUCACUGGCAAUUUCUCGUUGUGUUCUUUAAAUUAAAGCUUGUGCCUUAUUGCAUAUUAAUCAAAAGAAGACUUUUUGUUAACGCUUUACAACAAGAUUCAGUUUGAGCUAACAAUGA